UUACAGUGUUUCCUCUUCCUCAUAUCCUCGUCUUCUCCGCCUCAUUCUCUUUCCAUUCCUAUAUCUCUCUCCCCGAUUUUCUCAUUUCACCCCCAAAUCCAUCGUCUCCAUAUCCCUCUCUACAAUGUCUUCUUCACUUCUGCAAGCUAGGGCUUCCCCAUCGCUCUCUUUCUCUUCAUCCAUCUCCGCAGCCAACACCCAAUGGCGCUUUACCUCCUCACCCGCCGUUACAUUCACUCGCCGCACAAGGAAUUACACCGUUCGUGCUAAAAUCAGAGAGAUCUUCAUGCCUGCACUCAGCUCCACCAUGACUGAGGGCAAGAUCGUCUCAUGGAUCAAGUCCGAAGGGGAUGUUCUCUCCAAAGGUGAGUCUGUUGUCGUUGUUGAAUCUGAUAAAGCUGAUAUGGAUGUUGAAACUUUCUACGACGGAAUUCUUGCCGCUAUUGUUGUUCCUGAGGGUGAGUCGGCUCCAGUUGGCGCUCCGAUCGGUUUGUUAGCGGAGACUGAAGCGGAAAUUGAAGAAGCUAAGGCGAAAGCCGCUAGUGCUGGUAGUUCUGCUCCAUCGACGCCUGCUGCUUCCGCUCCUUCUCCGCCUCCGCCUCCUCCGGCUCCGGUUGCUGCUCCUUCUACACCAGCUGCGGCUCCUGUUGCGGCGGAUGGAUCGAGGAAGAUUGUUUCGACACCAUUUGCGAAGAAGCUGGCGAAACAGCAUAAGGUCGAUAUAAACAAGGUAAUUGGGACUGGACCAUUUGGGAGGAUUACUCCGGCGGAUGUUGAAGCUGCUGCCGGAAUCAAACCUGCGAAAUCCUCGGCUGCCCCUGCAACCGCCACCGCUCCUUCUGCUCCUGCUCCUGCUGCUCCGGCUAAAUCCUCACCAACAUUUGCUGAAAUUCCCGGGGCUACGAUCGUUCCAUUUACCACAAUGCAAGCUGCUGUGUCAAAGAACAUGAUUGAGAGCUUGUCUGUGCCAACAUUCCGUGUUGGUUACCCGAUUAUCACUGAUGCUCUUGAUGCUCUAUAUGAGAAGGUUAAGCCCAAGGGUGUUACCAUGACUGCUUUGCUAGCAAAGGCUGCUGCCAUGGCCCUUGUUCAGCAUCCUGUGGUCAAUGCAAGUUGCAAAGAUGGAAAGAGUUUUACUUAUAACAACAGCAUCAAUAUUGCAGUAGCUGUGGCUAUCAAUGGUGGUUUAAUCACCCCUGUUCUCCAAGAUGCUGACAAGUUGGAUCUUUAUCUGUUAUCCCAAAAAUGGAAGGAGCUUGUGGAGAAAGCAAGAUCCAAACAACUUCAGCCCCAUGAAUACAACUCAGGGACUUUUACACUUUCAAACUUAGGCAUGUUUGGAGUGGAUCGAUUUGAUGCGAUUCUUCCUCCUGGACAGGGUGCUAUUAUGGCUGUUGGAGCUUCAAAGCCUACUGCUGUUGCUGAUAAAGAUGGAUAUUUCAGUGUGAAAAAUCAAAUGCUGGUAAAUGUUACUGCUGAUCACCGAAUUGUAUAUGGAGCAGAUUUGGCUGCUUUCCUUAAAACAUUUGCAAAGAUUGUUCAAGAACCAGACAUCUUGACAAUGUAAAAUGUUGUUCCAACUUUUUAUCCUUAACAACAACAACAACAACAAUCACAUGAUAUGAUCUUGCAGCUAAGAAACUUGGUUUGCAGAGGUGGCAUUAUUAUUCGGUUUCUAGCACAUGUUGUAGCUCCAUUUUUCUUUUUUCUUUUUUGUCAUUUUCGGAUAUUCUUUGAGGUGGUUUUUGAACAGGGUUAAUAAAGUCUUUUCACAACAAAAGAAAAUUGAUGCUAUUCUUGUUGCUUGUUUUUUUUCUCUGGUU